AUGACCUUCUUCCGCGCUCCAACUUCUUUUCUUCCACCUCUCUCUAUACUUUCCACCCAUACCACCACCUCUAUGCAAGAUGCCCUGCAAGACUUGAAGGAUCUAUAUUUCUCCGCCCCAGCACUUCCUCCGAAGAGGACGCGCUCAACAAAUGCUCGAACGGGACGCUUGAAUCAUAGCGAUGGCGUCCCGGACUCUGGUUAUGCCUCCGAAGAUGAUGAGGCGGAAGUGGAAGGUGAUUUAGAAAGUGAAGCUGAAGGCUGGAACCCCGACGUCCUGCGUUCCAACGAACUCGAACGAAAUUUUGCUAUCAAAUGGCUUACAGGUCUCAUAAAGCGAUCCGAUAUUUGGAUGCACGCACUUGAUGGGGUCCCAGAACAAGAAGAACAUAUGCGUCUAGUCGUUAUAGAGGAAGCAAGCAAGCUUCUUGCAUGUUUUUCCAGCGACAAUGAGCAGCAAGAGGAUGCUCUCACGCGACAAUUUAUGUUUCCUUUUGGUGAAGGAGGCGAGCCCAUCACGAUCGAGCUUAAUGAUGCUCCACUCACGCUUACGGAUCAUACUUCCGUUGGUCUGCAAAGUUGGGCGAGCGCUAUCAUUUUCACUGAACGUAUUUGUGCGAAUCCUGCUCGAUACAUGGACAUCCCACAAGGGGCUGCUCCCUUGCGCAUUCUCGAAUUAGGUGCAGGCACGGGACUUCUCAGCAUUGCCGCCGCACGGCUUCUCGAUCGCAUGAGAGUCGAUGCUACUGUUGUGGCAACAGACUAUCACUCUGCGGUCCUCGAUAACUUACUGCAGAAUGUGAAGACCAAUAAUGUCUCCGUUCAAAUCGACUUACUGGACUGGUCCAGACCACCUUCACUCGAGCCAUACGAUGUCAUCCUUGGUGCAGACGUGGUGUACCACCCUGAGCAUGCCAAGUGGAUCAAAAAUUGCGUGGAGAAGGCGUUGAAGAAGGGAGGGGUGUUCUGGUUGAUUAUCGCAAUGCGUUCGUCGGGGAGGCAUGAAGGCUUGUGGGAAACUGUGGAUGAUGCAUUUCCAGACGGGGGGUGUGACAUUCCGAGAAAUGAAGGAUGUGGUGGGGAAACGAAGCUGGCGGUGUUGCGAAAGGAGGAUGUGGGGCGUCGCGAGGGAAUUGGUCGUGCGGAUGAGAUGAGGUACAGAUUAUUUGAGAUACGUUGGCUCCCCUGUUGCUAUUACUGUUAA